GGGGGGUUGCUUCAUUCCCCUACUGUUCCCUCGAGGUUCUUCCCUCCUUGACAACCCCCCUGCCCUAGCCUGCUACUACUACACCACCACCUUCAACUCACUGGAUAAAACAACACUCUUCUUCUUCUUCAUCUUCUUCUUCCUCAAAAAAUAAGUAAUCAUCAACAAUGGCAGCCGAUCGAACAAGCUCACCCAUCCUACCUCCACCCACAUCAUCAUCAGCCGAGGAGAAACAUAUAUCACCUCAUACCGUCUUCGAUGUCGACGAUAACAACGACGACGAUGACCAUCAGCCCUCAAACUCACUACUCAACCACACUCCAACCCCAACAAAACCUGCACCAGCACUCCAUCCAGCUAUCAUCAUUGGUAUCUGGAUUACCCUGUCCUCAUCAGUGAUCAUCUACAACAAAUACAUCCUCUCAGAUCUCCACUUCGGCUACCCGAUCUCACUCACCACCUGGCAUCUCACCUUUGCCACCAUCGGCACCCGAAUCCUUGCCAAGACCUCCCAUCUGCUCGACGGAUUAUCCCAGAUCACGAUGUCCUGGGAUCGUUGGUUUAGAUCGAUCUUGCCUAUCGGCGCCCUCUUCAGCGCCAGCUUGAUCUUCAGCAAUAUGGCUUACCUCACCCUCAGUGUCUCAUUCAUCCAAAUGUUAAAGGCAUUUACUUCAGUAGCAGUUCUAGCCAUCUCAAUCGUCAUGGGACUAGAAAAGGCCAACAAACGGACCAUGUUGAUCGUCCUCUUGAUCUCACUCGGCGUAGCGAUCGCUUCAGUAGGCGAACUAGAGUUUGCGAUGAGCGGGUUUAUCUGUCAGACCUUGGGGAUCCUAUUCGAAGCUACUCGAUUAGUGACCAUCCAGAAACUGUUGCAUGGGAUGAAGAUGGAUCCUUUAGUCUCGUUAUACUAUUUUGCGCCGGUUUGUGCGACGUUGAAUGCGAUCCUGAUACCGGUGUACGAAGGAACGGCGCCAUUCAAGGAAGCGAUGGGCACGCUCGGCCCGAUGAUCCUGAUCACCAAUGCAUCAGUAGCCUUUGCGUUGAAUGUCGCAGUCGUCUUCUUGAUCGGUUCGGCCUCCUCAUUGGUCUUGACCCUCAGUGGCGUCCUCAAGGACGUCCUCCUCGUCCUCGGCUCCGUCUUCCUUCUCGGCUCCACCGUCACGUUCAUCCAACUCGCUGGAUACUCGCUCGCUCUUGCUGGCUUGGUCGCUUUCAAAACUAACCCCGACGUCCUCGACGAUCGGAUUCGUAGACUUCGUAGAGCGUUCGGUAAAGCUUGAACUUACAUCCCCCCUCCCCUCUUUUUAUCCUUCCCCUCCCCAUCAAUUCACCCUUUUUUUUCUUUUUCUUUUUCUUUUUCGUACUUGUUUUUUUUUUUUUCAAACAUAAAACUCUGUGUCUUCUUCUUCUUUUCUUUUUUUUGAAAGAAAAGAAAAAAACUAAAAUGUCGUAUAUAACUUGGGUACAUUGUGUUUCUUUACAUAUGUUUGUGUGUGUGUGUGUGUAUGUCACUUAACCUCAUCAUCCUACCCCAAAAAAACCCAACACCAAACAAAAGGCAAAUAACAAGUAUAUACAUCCAUUUUUUUAUACAUAGUUGAACAUCCAUUUUUUUCACUUUCCUUCCCCCCUCCCCACACACACACACAAAACCAACACUUCUUUUUCUCUCUCUCUCUAUAUAUAUAUACAUCUCUUUUCUCUAUCCCACAUCCAUAGACUACUUUCCUUUCCCUUUUCUUUCUUUCUUUCUAACUUCAUUUUUGAUCAUCACAUUUUUGGUUUCUCUUUCUUAUCCUAAAAAAAGUGGUCCUAGUUUGUUCUUUUUUUUUGUUUGCCUGUUUUUUUUUUUCCUCUCUGAUCUUGUUCUUUUUUUUUUUUUUUUUUCUUUCUUUGGUCAGAAAUAAAGCCAAUAUUCUUAACAUAAUUUCCACUUUCCUUGAUCACACAUAGCAUCCUUUUUUUUU